AGACUUCACUAGCUAGCAUUGUAACGUCAGUUGUUGAAUGUUGACAUUGCUAUGACAUUUCUUAUCAGCAACCAAAUUCUUUUAUCAAAUAAACUUGAAAUCACAUAAACCUGCCAGGGUCAAAGUCAAGUUCUCUUGAUAUCGACCAAUAAAAUUAGUUUUUUAUUCAAUUUACAUAUCUUUUUUUUAUUUAACGAAAAUGUCGACUGGUUUAGUUGCCGGAAGAUUAGCUUUAGUCACUGGUGCUGGAUCGGGGUUAGGGCGUGCAGCAUGCCAGGUUUUAUCCCGUGAAGGCGCCACAGUUAUAGCAGCAGACAAGAACUAUGACUCUGUUGUGGAAACAAUAAAAAAACAUACAGCAUUAGCUAGUGGUUCUAAUGAUACAGAACAUAGUGCUGUAGAGUUAGAUGUGUCGGAUUCUAGUGCUGUUAGAAACUUGGUACAAACUAUUCUGAAGCAGUAUAAAUCUCCACCAACCAUCAUUGUCAAUUCUGCUGGUAUUACUAGAGACAAUUGGCUGCUCAAGAUGUCUGAGGAAGACUAUAGUUUAGUUCAAAAUGUAAACUUAAAGGGCACAUUCCUUGUCAUGCAAGCCUUUGCUAAGGCGAUGACUGAAGCAUCCCUGCCAGGGUCCAUAAUCAAUAUAUCAAGUAUUGUUGCAAAAUAUGGGAAUAUGGGUCAGACCAAUUACGCAGGAAGCAAAGCCGGUGUGAUUGGCAUGUCACAGUCUGCUGCCAAAGAGCUGGGGAAAUUUAAUAUAAGAGUAAAUGCAGUCCUGCCUGGUAUGAUAGACACACCGAUUGUCAAGACUGUUCCCGAGAAGGUUAUGCAGGGCAUGUUGAGGAUGGUACCUUUGGGAAGGCUUGGAAAUCCAACUGAGGUGGCUGAGCUCAUAACUUUCCUGGGUUCAGACAAGAGUUCCUUCAUCACAGGAGCCUCCAUAGACAUCACUGGUGGAUGGUAAACUUAUAUUUAUGAGUACAUCAAUAUAUGGGUUCAAAGAGAAGUCAUGAUGAGCAUAUGAACGUUUUUAUUAUUAUUAUUAAAAUAAAAGUGUAUACUUUUUGUGGGGUGUGAGUGAGAUAUUGUAAGUGGGACUGGUAUAAUAAAUUAUAAUUUUAGUUAUACCUAUUACUCUUUAAGUUGUUGUAAGCGCAAAGUUAUGGUGAUGUCACACUAUUAUAAAUAGUAAUGUACAGUCUGUAUAUAAAGUGAAAUCAAAACUGAUUUUUAACUUCAGUGUAGAACUAGGUAGGUACAUUUUUUGACAUUGCAAUAUCAAAUAGAAUGGUGAAGAUUGGUUGAUAAACACCUAGUAUUGCCAGCCAAGAGGAGACAGCGCCCACAUUUAUUUUCUUCGCUUUAUAGACAGACUGUAUAGUACAACCACUCCUUGCUCCCCAUUGAAAUCGGCUCCGCCCACGUUCAGUUACCGUUCCCGAACGCACAGCGAAUAUGCGUGUGCGACCGGCAGUAAUGUAGUUUUUAUCUGACUACAAAAGAUUGAAUGAACAAGUUUUUUUCUUUUUUUUGCUUUAUACUAUGUUUGUACUAUGCAAUAUUUUUUAUGAAUUGUUUUUCGAAUCACAGUCACAGCUAGUCCUAUUUUUUUAGUUAUACACUCAAUAAUGUGCCUUAUAGUUUUUAAUUAAAGAUAAGAUAUACAUUGUUACAUUAUGAUGUUAAUAAUAGAACAUGUAUACGUACUUAGUCUUCCCAUACCUGUGAUAUAUCCAGUUCUUAACAACUUUUGAAAACAGAUUUUAUUAUGACUUUUAUACCUUUAAAAUAAAAGAAACUACCUUCUA